CUGCGUGUCCCAGCUGUUCAGCCUUCAGUCACAACCUGCAGCAGCUCUGUCUGUCCUCCAGAGGCGAUGCUGGAGUUUGGAGAGGCGAGCUGUCCGACCGCGCUAAACUCAGCUGUCAUGCCGUGCACGGACUGAAAGAUAGGAACCAAAUCUUGAACAUUUAGAACUGAACUGCUUCUCCUCGAUAAGAUGGAGCACUGGAGGCAGUGUGCGAUGUGGCUGAUCAGCUGCAACGUGCUGCCCGCGAACCACCGAGUGACUGCGGAAACGGCGCAAGUGUUCGACCUGGCGCAAACCUUGCGGGACGGGGUGCUGCUGUGCCAGCUGCUCAACAACCUAAAACCUCAAACCAUCAACCUGAAGGAGAUCAACCUCCGGCCUCAGAUGUCACAGUUCCUGUGCUUGAAGAACAUCCGCACCUUCCUGACGUCUUGCUGUGACGUGUUCGGGAUGAAGAAAAGUGACUUAUUCGAAGCCUUUGAUCUUUUUGACGUCCGUGACUUCGGAAAGGUUAUGGACACCCUAUCUAAGCUGUCAUACACAUUAAUUGCACAGCAAGGAGGAUUCAAGCCGUUCCCGACUGAGGAAAGCCUAAAAGACGAGGACAUUUACAAUAAUCUGGAAGACUUGAUUGAUGAAAAUGCCCUGGAGGACGAGGAUGACUUGUACGCAGCUGUUUACGGGGUAGAGGAAGACUAUGCAGGUGGAGAAAUCUAUGAAGACCUCAUGAGGACUGGGCAGCAUCCCUCUUUGAAGCAGGCAGAGGUAGAUGUCCGAAGCUGCUGCCUUUCAGAAAUCAAACAAACAGAGGAGAAAUACACAGAGACUCUGGAGUCCAUAGAGAAGUAUUUCCUGAAUCCUCUGAAGAGAUUUUUCUCUGCAGCUGAAAUCGACAGAGUCUUUGUCAACAUCCCAGACCUGGUUAAAGUUCACAAGAGCCUCAUGGUUGACGUUCAGGACUCCAUCUUAAACAAAAAUGCCUUAAAUCUCCACCAAAUUUUCAUCAGCUACAAAGACAGACUGCUCAUUUAUGGGAUAUACUGCAGCCAGGUGGAGCUCGCCAUCGCUGUUUUAGACAUCAUUUGCAAAGAGAAAGAGGAUGUUCGACUAAAGCUGGAGGAGUGCUCAAAGAGAGCCAACAAUGGGAAGUUUACACUGAGAGACCUGCUGGUUGUUCCAAUGCAACGAGUGCUGAAGUACCAUCUACUUCUACAGGAGUUAGUCAAACACACUCACGAUGCUGCUGACAAAACCAACUUGAAGAUUGCUCUUGAUGCCAUGAAAGACCUGGCUCAGUACGUCAACGAGGUGAAGAGAGAUAAUGAGACGCUAAGGGAGAUCGACCAGUACCAGAGGUCUAUUGAAAACCUGAAUCAGCCUCUGAUCACCUUUGGACGGCCGAAAGGAGACGGAGAAGUGCGCAUGGUUUCCAGUGUUGACAAGAGGAAACAGGACAGACAUAUCUUUUUAUUUGAUGUUGCUGUCAUCGUCUGCAAGAGACGAGGAGACAACUAUGAGAUGAAGGACAUACUCGACCUCAACUACUUCAAGAUCACCAACAACCCCACAUCAGACAGAGAGUGCAAAAAGUGGUGCUACGGGUUCUACGUGACACACCAGCAGGGGCACACAGGUUUUGAGCUCUUCUUUAAGACCAGAGAGCUGAAGAAGAAGUGGCUGGAUCAGUUUGAAAUGGCCAUAUCAAAUAUCCGUCCGGAGAAAGCCGACCACAACUCCCACCAGUUCAAGAUGCACACCUUUGAAAGGAUCACGUCCUGUAGUUACUGCCACCUCUUACUCAGGGGCAUCUUUAACCAGGGUUAUCUCUGUCUGAAAUGCGGGCUGGGGGCUCAUAAGGAGUGUCUGGGUCGACUGGGACUCUGUGGGAGAACAGAUCCUGCCAAGCCGAAGCCCAGGGAAAGUACAGCACCAGCAGACCCAGGUCUCCCCAGGAUGGUUGUGAUCAGAGACUACGACGGCGUCCCCUGUCCCCACUGCGGGCCCCCACUAAGCAUUCAUGCGGGGGACGUCAUUGAACUGAUGUUUGCCGACCUGCACAGCUCCUGGUGGCAGGGCAGAAUUCUGGCAACAAGCAAGAUUGGCUUCUUUCCAAGUGAUGCUGUGAGGCCCUGCCCAUGUGUUCCAAAACCUGUUGAUUACUCCGCCCAGCUCUGGUUUGCAGGGCCGAUGGAGAGGUACCAGGCCGAGGUGGAGCUCCUGGAACGAGGAAACAGCACCUAUCUGGUUCGACACAGGAGUAGAGAGUGCACCGAGUAUGCCAUGAGUAUAAAGUUCAAUGAAAAAGUCAAGCACAUUAAGAUUCUGACCAAGGAUGGCUGCUUUUACAUUGCUGAGAGCCGCCUAUUCAAGACUGUGCUGGACUUAGUGGACUACUACAAGGAGCAUUCUCUGAAGGAGGGCUUCAGCAGUCUUGACACCACUCUGCAGGUCCCCUAUAGGGAACUUUCCAAUGGAAACGUGCCCAGGGCCAUUACCAAGGCUGGCAGUGUGUUUUCCCCCAGGGUGGUGGGUAUUGCAGUAGCACGCUAUGACUUCUGCUCCAGAGACACACGAGAGCUCUCCCUGCUGCAGGGAGACAUCAUCAAGAUCUACACCAAGAUGUCCAACGGGUGGUGGAAGGGACAGGUCGACGGCAGGGUGGGCUGGUUUCCCUCUAACUAUGUGGAAGAGGAGGACUGACCUUGCUGGAUUAAGUAUCCAUUCAACACUGACCACCUCCAGUGAGCACUAUUCAGCUCAGCCACUCUCUGUGCCCUGCAAGUCAGAUCUCUUUGAUAAAACCCAGAGACUUGGACUGAAGAGGGAAGCGACAGUGCCCUCAGAAACCUUCUCCUGCCCUCUGACGGACUCCUCACACCGAGCAGACGUCAAAUCACAGAUUCCAGGAGCGUCGCGCCAUAUCUUGCCUUUCUGCCGCCACGUCUGCCCCCGCGGCCAACUGGGAAGUGCAUGUGCUGUGCCCAGAUAACUCUUCCCCCCCACACACACACCUCCCCUCUCUCCCUUCUUUCUCACCUUGUCUCAUUAUUGAUGACUCCAUUGGAUGGUGUGAGACUCGCCUUCACUGUCAUCAUGUUUUGAUACCAGGAAAGCUCAGUCACCCAACUGGAACACAGAUCCUGCUGACAGGUUCAGUACAGGUACUCAACCAAGGUGAAACGCAGGAGCUGAAGAGAUUUAACUUUAGUUGGAACACUUCAGCGUCAGACUUUUUGUGUUCAACUUUCUAAGACCCAAUUUAUUUUUUGCUUUUAAGGAAGACUUGAUUGAGAUUAUAUUUAAAUGCCAAUCGCCAAAAAAGGAUUUCACACCGUCAAGAGGCAAAUGAAGAUGUCAGAACCCUAUCCUGAAGGACUCUUCUGUAAUUCACACAUUAUGUGUACACAGUCUUAAUGAUGUUAAGUCUUUUGGAACCUCCAAAUGAUUCAAAUCCUGAAAGGAAAACACUUCUUCAUAAUGUCACUGAUCCUGAAAGCCACUGCUUAUAAAGUUGUCUCUGAGCUUUUAUUCUUGUUUGAUGACCAUUUCUUUCAAAUGUAAACAUCUACAUAAGGAGCACAUUGAUGCAUACAUUCCAAAAGUAGUUCACUGUUUUAUUGGGAAUCUAAAUGUGAAGCAAAAGUUCAACAUUUUCUAAAACACAUUCACAGCAUUCUUGCUGAAAUGUAGAUGAGAAGACUGUUACCACUGUCAUGUUUGUUUGUUUAUUAUGAAGAGAGGCCAGUAAGCUUAGCUUAGCACUUAAGAGUUAACAUUUUGAAUGAGCAGGCUAAGCUCAAACAGCUUUAAGCACCUUGAGAGCUCACAAUGUAACAUUUAACUUUGUGUUUUUUCAGACCUAGCUAUGUUAAAGCUCCUAUAAUGAGUUCAGAGCUGGUUAUUAAACAAGCUGAAAUUAAUACUUAAGCCUCCAUAUGAGCUAAAAUAGCAAAGUAGCUCAUUAGAUGCUAUUGGCUAUUUUUCUACAGUGAUGAAUAACGCCUGAAACCAUUGAUGUGGGGUAGGUGUCAGAACAAGUGAUUUACAGUGUGCUCCAUAAAAAGCCUUGUUUAACAUUUUUUGACUAAAGAAAGCAGGAUGAGAUUUCUUAUUGGAAAAACCCCCCACUAUAUUAGUGAUAAGACAUACAUCUUUGUCCACAGGGGGGCGCCAAAAUCAACCAAAACAU